AUGACAAAGGGGAGUGGAGGUAGGAAGAAAACAGGCUUUUUGGGGAAGGGAAAAAAAGGAAAACAGGGCCUGGUAUUUACAUGAAAGGGCAAAACUCUCAAUGUUCCCCACAAAACUUUUAUAGUAUGUUGUAUUUAUUACAAAAUUCAACCUUCCCGCAACUGGGUUUGUUAUCCCAAUUUUCUUAAGUUCAUCCGUCCUCCUCCACCGUUUUACCUUACCUUUAUGACAAAGGCUAAAAACACCCAAAAAAGAUUGGGGCGUUUUUAUUAAGGGGGGGAUUCCUUCCAUUAAAGCCAAACAAAUAGUGAUCAAUAGAGGGCAGAAAGGAAAGAGGAAAAAAAAUAAAAGCAAGGGCACAAGAGAAAGCGAUCAUUGGGUUAAAACAAAGAAUAGGAGAAGAGCUUCCCCCUAAUGUCAUUUGUAUUUGGGAAAAACAUUUAACAGCAAAAAUGGGUUUGGAAGAGGAGGCAUUGUGCACAAAUGAACAAAGUUGUGACAUUUGCUACAUUUACAUUUUAGUCAUUUUAGCAGACGCUCUUAUCCAGAGCGACUUACAGGAGCAAUUAGGGGUAAGUGCCUUGCCUCAAGGGCACAUCGACAGAUUUUGUCACCUGAGUCGGCUCGGGGACUUAGAACCAGCGGACACUUUCAGUUACUGGCACAACGCUCUUACCCACUAAGCUUACCUGCACGCCCAUGCUUGUCUGAAGGACGAACAGUACUGGCUCUGGAACAGUAUGUGUACACGCUGUGUCUGUGUGGAGUUGCUAGGGCAACGGGCCUGCCUGCUCUGUUCAGAUGGAGAAUGGGGGGAGGAGCAGACUGGCCGAGAAUGGAAAGAAUAAAAAAUAAACGCAAGGAAAUCAAGAAAGCAGCAGUGGCAGCUGUACAGAUAACACAUCCAAAGAGCUUUGACUUCUCAAACAUGGCAGAAAGCUAACACUAUAUGAUGCCCCGUGUCCUUAUUAAUUCAGCCACUUACUGAGAUAACUAGCAAGUUAAACCAAAUACACAGAUGGACUCUCCCUUUGUGCUAUUUACAAGCAAACACGUGACUGGCUCAACUGUUCUGGGGAACUAUGGUAAGCUUCAUAAUGUUAAAUAAUGUGACAGGUGAAACGAAGAACACAAUCUGCGUUAUCUCCUAACGUAUUGCACAAGUUGACUGCAGGUAUUAACUUAAAAAGUAGUUUUUUUUUUUUUUUACUUCUAAUAAAUAGUUUUGACAGUAUUGAAAAACCAUCCCGUGGCUUUUCCCAAUUACCCCAGUAUACGGUAUACGGUAUACCGCCCAAGCCUAGCACAUACGCACGUAUACACACACACACACACACACACACACACACACACACACACACACACACACACACACACUAAACUGCUUCAUGUCCCUAGGAUUCCGAUGUCCGGCACUUGUCUCCAGUGUCUUGCCCUGGUCUCAUUAUAGAUCCCUUGACUCAUCCUACUGUCUCUAAUCCUAAAGUAAACAAGAAAAAAUGCUAUUCAACCCUCUCCUUCAAUCCCCUUCAAAACUCCCCUAAAAUCAGAUGCAUAACUUAGAAAACUGAAGAACCUGAAGUUAUCUGAUAGAUAAGAUCAAUCAUAAGAUAAAAUACUGUCCUUAAUGUGUUAUAGCAUUAAAUAAACGUAUUUCUUCAUGAAACAAUGUAUGAGUUUAGCACAUGCAUUUAGUCAUAAGCCAUUAGAUUUAUCAGGAGCUAUAUGUUUGGUGUGAUGUGAAUGUGAUGCUCUCUUCGUUCCUCAGGCUAUGACAUGUCUACGUUCAUCAGACGUUAUGGCCGCUACCUCAAUGAAAGGGCCUUCGCCUACCGCCAGAUGGCUUUUGACUUCACCAAAGUCAAAAAGGGGUGCGUCACUCACUUCCCUGUCUCUCAAUCCUUUUACAUCCCCAUUGUUGAGGUCCUCAUCAGUGAGGCCCACCUCAUACUGUAAUUCACCUCAUCACUGACACCCACCUGUCAUUUACCUCAUCACUGAGGCCCUCAUACUGUCAUUCACCUCAUCACUGAGGCCCUUAUACUGUCAUUCACCUCCUCACUGAGGCCCUCAUACUGUCAUUCACCUCCUCACUGAGGCCCUCAUACUGUCAUUCACCUCAUCACUGAGGCCCUCAUACUGUCAUUCCCCUCAUCCCUGAGGCCCUCAUACUGUCAUUGCCCUCAUCCCUGAGGCCUACCUCAUACUGUCAUUCACCUCAUUAAUGAGGCCCACCUCAUACUGUCAUUCACCUCAUCCACAAGGCCCUCAUCAUGGUCUCCCCUGUGUGUUUCCUCCGCAGUGCUGAGGGGGUGAUGAGGACAAUGACUCCAGAAAAGCUGUUGAAAGGAAUGCCCGUCCUGCAGACGCAGAUCGACACACUGCUGGAGUUUGAUGUGAGUUGGACAUGCUGGUCAUCAUUGAUUUGGUUACUACUUGUCUGUCUGGCUGUCUGUCUGUCUGUCUGGCUGGCUGACUGGGACUUGUGUCCUGAUGACUUAUGGUCAUUAGCUGACCAGUGUACUAUAUGUCAGGCCACAAAGAAUACUGUUUAUGUUCCUGUGUAACAUUCUCUUCUCUUCUCUUCUCUUCUCUUCUCUUCUCUUCUCUUCUCUUCUCUUCUCUUCUCUUCUCUUCUCUUCUCUUCUCUUCUCUCUCUCCUCUCUCUCUCUCUCUCUAUCUCUCUCUCUCUCUCUCUCUCUCUCUCUCUCUCUCUCUCAUCUCUCUCUCUCUCCUCUCUACUCUCUCUCUCUCUCUCUCUCUCUCUCUCUCAAUUCAAUUCAAUUCAAUUUAGGGCUUUAUUGGCAUGGGAAACGUGUGUUAAAAUUGCCCAAAGCAAGUGAAGUAGAUAGUAAACAAAAGUGAAAUAAACAAUAAAUAUUAACAGUAAACAUUACACUCAGAAGUUUCAAAAGAAUAAAGACAUUUCAAAUGUCAUAUUAUGUAUAUAUACAGUGUUGUAACAAUGUGCAAAUAGUUAAAGUACAAAUGGGAAAAUAAAUAAACAUAAAUAUGGGUUGUAUUUACAAUGGUGUUUGUUCUUCACUGGUUGCCCUUUUCUUGUGGCAACAGGUCACAAAUCUUGCAGCUGUGAUGGCACACUGUGGUUUUUUCACCCAGUAGAUAAGGGAGUUUAUCAAAAUUGGGUUUGUUUUCGAAUUCUUUGUGGAUCGCUGUAAUCUGAGGGAAAUAUGUGUCUCUAAUAUGGUCAUACAUUUGGCAGGAGGUUAGGAAGUGCAGCUCAGUUUCCACCUCAUUUUGUGGGCAGUGUGCACAUAGCCUGUCUUCUCUUGAGAGCCAGGUCUGCCUACGGCGGCCUUUCUCAAUAGCAAGGCUAUGCUCACUGAGUCUGUACAUAGUCAAAGCUUUCCUUAAGUUUGGGUCAGUCACAGUGGUCAAGUAUUCUGCCACUGUGUACUCUCUGUUUAGGGCCAAAUAGCAUUCUAGUUUGCUCUGUUUUUUUGUUUGUUCUUUCCAAUGUGUCAAGUAAUUCUCUUUUUGUUUUCUCAUGAUUUGGUUGGGUCUAGUUGUGUUGUUGUUGUUGUUGUCCUGGGGCUGUGUGGGGUCUGUUUGUGUUUGUGAACAGAGCCCCAGGACAAGCUUACUUAGGGGACUCUUCUCCAAGUUCAUCUCUCUGUAGGUGAUGGCUUUGUUAUGGAAGGUUUGGGAAUCGCUUCCUUUUAAGUGGUUAUAGAAUUUAACGGCUCUUUUCUGGAUUUUGAUAAUUAGCGGGGUAUUGGCCUAAUUCUGCUCUGCAUGCAUUAUUUGGUGUUUUACGUUGUACACGGAGGAUGUUUUUGCAGAAUUCUGCAUGCAGAGUCUCAAUUUGGUGUUUGUCCCAUUUUGUGAAUUCUUGGUUGGUGAGCGGACCCCAGACCUCAGAACCAUAAAGGGCAAUGGGUUCUAUAACUGAUUCAAGUAUUUUUAGCCAGAUCCUAAUUGGUAUGUCAAAUUUUAUGUUCCUUUUGAUGGCAUAGAAGGCCCUUCUUGCCUUGUCUCUCAGAUCGUUCACAGCUUUGUGGAAGUUACCUGUGGCGCUGAUGUUUAGGCAGAGGUAUGUAUAGUUUUUUGUGUGCUCUAGGGCAACGGUUGUCUAGAUGGAAUUUGUAUUUGUGGUCCUGGCAACUGGACCUUUUUUGGAACACCAUUAUUUUUGUCUUACUGAGAUUUACUGUCAGGGCCCAGGUCUGACAGAAUCUGUGCAGAAGAUCUAGGUGCUGCUGUAGGCCCUCCUUGGUUGGUGACAGAAGCACCAGAUCGUCAGCAAACAGAAGACAUUUGACUUCAGAUUCUAGUAGGGUGAGGCCGGGUGCUGCAGACUGUUCUAGUGCCCUCGCCAAUUCGUUGAUAUAUAUGUUGAAGAGGGUGGGGCUUAAACUGCAUCCCUGUCUCACCCCACGGCCCUGUGGAAAGAAAUGUGUGUGUUUUUUGCCAAUUUUAAACCGCACACUUGUUGUUUGUGUACAUGGAUUUUAUAAUGUCGUAUGUUUUUCCCCCAACCCCACUUUCCAUCAAUUUGUAUAGCAGACCCUCAUGCCAAAUUGAGUCAAAAGCUUUUUUGAAAUCAACACAGCAUGAGAAGACUUUGCCUUUGUUUUGGUUUGUUUGUUUGUCAAUUAGGGUGUGCAGGGUGAAUACGUGGUCUGUCGUACGGUAAUUUGGUAAAAAGCCAAUUUGAUAUUUGCUCAGUACAUUGUUUUCACUGAGGAAAUGAACUAGUCUGCUGUUAAUGAUAAUGCAGAGGAUUUUCCCAAGGUUGCUGUUGACGCAUAUCCCACGGUAGUUAUUGGGGUCAAAUUUGUCUCCACUUUUGUGGAUUGGGGUGAUCAGUCCUUGGUUCCAGAUGUUGGGGAAGAUGCCAGAGCUAAGGAUGAUGUUAAAGAGUUUAAGUAUAGCUAAUUGAAAUUUGUGGUCUGUAUAUUUUAUCAUUUCAUUGAGGAUACCAUCAACACCACAGGACUUUUUGAGUUGGAGGGUUUGUAUUUUAUCCUGUAGUUCAUUCAAUGUAAUUGGAGAAUCCAGUGGGUUCUGGUAGUCUUUAAUAGUUGAUUCUAAGAUUUGCAUUUGAUCAUGUAUAUUUUUUUGCUGUUUGUUCUCUGUUAUAGGGCCAAAAAGAUUGGAGAAGUGGUUUACCCAUACAUCUCCGUUUUGGAUAGAUAGCUCUUCGUGUUGUUGUUUGUUUAGUGGUUUCCAAUUUUCCCAGAAGUGGUUAGAGUCUAUGGAUUCUUCAAUUACAUUGAGCUGAUUUCUGACAUGCUGUUCCUUCUUUUUCCGUAGUGUAUUUCUGUAUUGUUUUAGUGAUUCACCAUAGUGAAGGCGUAGGCUCAGGUUUUCUGGGUCUCUAUGUUUUUGGUUGGAUAGGUUUCUCAAUUUCUUUCUUAGGUUUUUGCAUUCUUCAUCAAACCAUUUAUCACUGUUAUUACUUUUCUUUGGUUUUCUGUUAGAGAUUUUUAGAUUUGAUAGGGAAGCUGAGAGGUCAAAUAUACUGUUUAGGUUUUCUACUGCCAAGUUUACACCUUCACUAUUACAGUGGAACGUUUUGUCCAGGAAGUUGUCUAGAAUGGAUUGAAUUUGUUGUUUCCUAAUUGUUUUUUGGUAGGUUUCAACACUACUUUCCUUCCAUCUAUAGCAUUUCUUAAUAUUAUUCAGUUCUUUUGGCUUUGAUGCCUCAUGAUUGAGUAUUGCUCUGUUCAAGUAGACUGUGAUUUUGCUGUGGUAUGAUAGGGGUGUCAGUGGGCUGACUGUGAACGCUCUGAGAGACUCUGGGUUGAGGUCAGUGAUAAAGUAGUCUACAGUACUACUGCCAAGAGAUGAGCUAUAGGUGUACCUACCAUAGGAGUCCCCUCGAAGCCUACCAUUGACUAUGUACAUACCCAGUGUGCGACAGAGCUGCAGGAGUCGUGACCCAUUUUUGUUGGUUAUGUUGUCGUAGUUGUGCCUAGGGGGGCAUAUGGGGGAGGGAAUGCUGUCACCUCCAGGUAGGUGUUUGUCCCCCUGUGUGCUGAGGGUGUCAGGUUCUUGUCCAGUUCUGGCAUUUAGGUCGCCACAGACUAGUACAUGUCCCUGGGUCCGGAAAUUAUUGAUUUCCCCCUCCAGGAUGGAGAAACUGUCUUCAUUAAAGUAUGGGGAUUCUAGUGGGGGGAUAUAGGUAGCACACAGGAGGACAUUUUUCUCAGUUGAGAUAAUUUCCUUUUGAAUUUCUAACCAAAUGUAAAAUGUUCCUGUUUUGAUUAAUUUAAUAGAGUGAGUUAGGUCUGCUCUAUACCAAAUUAGCAUACCCCCUGAGUCCCUUCCCUGUUUCACACCUGGUAGUUUGGUGGAUGGGACUACCAGCUCUCUGUAACCUAGAGGGCAACCAGUGGGUCCGUCUCCUCUAUACCAUGUUUCUUGUAGGAUGACAAUGUCUGUAUUUCCGAUUUCUUUGGUGAAGUCCAGAUUCCUGCUCUUUAGGCCAAAGGCAGAUGACCUCAGGCCUUGGAUAUUCCAGGAUGAAAUAGUGAAGGCUUUGUGUUCCAUAAAGUGUCUAAUGUUGUUGGUUGUGUGGUUUGGCCUCAGGCCAGUAAUUGUGAGCAGAGCCUGCUGAGCAUCUUGUACAUGCCAUUGGCUUGGGCUAGUGUAAGAGUGGGUGUUGGGCCUGUUUGCCUGCUCACGGCCUGGGCGUAUGUGUGACUUUCAUGUUGAGGCCCUCUUUGUGGGAGUGGGGGGCUUGGGGUGGGUAGGAGGGGCAUAGGUCUGAUCUGAGGGGGCCUAAAUGGGGUGUGGGCAUGGUUGACUUGGGGGGGAGUUAAUUGGUUGGGGUGGGGGUGUAGAUGUGGUUGAUGGUGCUGUGGUCUGGAUGUAGGUCCUCUCUGCGGGGGUCCUCUAUGUGUAGGUCCUGGGGGGGGUCCCGCAGGUCUGGGAGAGUGUCUCGCUGGUCUGGGCGGGGUGUCUGUUGAUCUGUUGCUCCUGUGUGAGGUGUUGGGUCUGCGGUUGAGGGCGAUAUCCUUUAGGGUCCGGGCGAAGGUGGGCACUGCUGCCUUGUAUAGGUGGACCUGGUCGUAAAGGCUGUUCACGUCCAGGGUGGAGUGGUGGGCCAGGAAGACAUUUGGUUUUGAUGCACAGUCCCGGGAAAUACUUGCGUUUACCCGCUGUAUGGUAGCAGGGUGGAAGUCUUUUCGUGGUAACAGGGUUGAGAUAACCACUUGUGCGUUGGGGAAAGUAGAAGAAGCUUUUUCUAUCACGCCCUUGAGUGAUGUGGCCACCCUUUCCUGCUGUGUUCUCAGGUCGUUUGUGCCUGUGUGUAUUAUUAUGUGGCUGGGUGAUCCUAGUCGGUCUUAGACAGAAGGUCUAGGGCGCGCUGGGUAUUUGGACACCAGAGUUUAGACACUGUGUGUUUUGGAAAAAGUUUAUUUUCUUGUAUGUAUUUCCCGUUUGAGUCCAUAAGGAGUACAAUCUGUGGCUUGUGUAUGUCCUCAGUGGGUGUGGGGGGGUCGUCAUGAGGGCUAUCAGGGUGUCUGACUGGGGGGUUGCUCAGAGGGGUUGGGGUUCCCAGGGCUUGGGGUUCCUCAUUUGUUUGUCUGGGUGUGAUGUCGAGGCUAUGGUCAGGGUCUAGGGUGUACUGUUCUGCUGCGGUGUCGAGACUUUGGCCAGGAUCUGAGGUGGGCUGUUCUCUAAUGGGUUGUUCAAUGUCACCCGUCAUCGUUCUCACCUUCUCCUCCAGCACUCUGAUCCUCUCCUCUAGUGCUCUGUUCUUCUCCUGCUCCUGCUCUUUCUCCUGUUGAUGUUGUCUCACCACAGUCCAGAGUGCAGACAUGUCUCUCUCCACCUGCAGCUCUCCAGGUCUAGUUAAGGGGGUGUUGUUGUGCUGGACUGUUGUCUGGGUCUGUGCUGACUGGAGUGUGUUCACCUGCUGUUCCAGCUCCACCUGCCUUACCUCCAGCUGGGUGAAUUUAUCCUUCAUUUCAAUGAGGGAGUAGUACUCUGUGCUGGGAAGUUGAGUUUCUGCUUGGGGUUGCUCUGUGGGGUUAUUUAAUGAAGAGGUCUGGUCUGACCCGCUCAGGGUAGGGGUAUCUUUCUCAAGGGACAGCUUCUCCUGCUGAGCUAUUUCUUUGAUUAGGUGAAAGUCCAGCUGGAACUGUUUGGUGUUGCCUUGAACCAAAACGGUUCCAGAUUUAUAGAGAUUAAUAUUAGACGACUCAGAGUCCUCGUUGUCCAGUAUCCUGAGUUUCCACCCGUCGCUAACACCCCCCCCUCUUAACAGAGGGGUAGUGUGCUAGUAUGGCACUGUGCCAUGCCAAGGGGAUGGUCUGUGUGGAAGAUAAGGUUGCUUAUGUUCCCAUUUUUAUACAAAUCAGCAAAAAGUGUCUCGUGCUUCCCCAAAAGAAGUUUCAAUUUGUACUCUUUUCGUGUCUUGUCGUUUUUUACAUUCAGAGGGUACUGUAUUUUAAUGACCUCUGAACAGUGGGGGGGGUGCUUCUAAGGCCUCUUCUAAGGCCUCUAGUUGGGGUAGACUGUACGACUCUCCUGCCAUUGUUGGGCUCAAGGGCUUUGACACCUCUCACUUCACACGUCAGUGCUAAUUGAAAUUGUAUCUCUUUGUAGCAAGCGUAAGCUUGGUAGCCUUAGAAUUCAGUCCUUAUAAUAUAAAAUAUAUCAUUGUAAUGAAUUUUUCUUCUUGGUUUUUGAAAGUGAAAAAUAGCUUCAUACUAAACAUUACUCACUCAGUUCCAGGUUGGAUGGUGUUUUCAGGUUUCUGUUUGUUUUCCAGAGCAUUUGCUGUAUAGUUUGAGAAUAGUAAUCCUUGGUAGUAGAAAGCUUUCCAGGUAAUUCCGUCCAAAAUCAGGUUGUAGGUUUGGAGUUUUGGUUUGGAAUAAAGGUCAUGUUGUGGAGGGUAGCAUCCUGUAUGUGUCCCUGCCAAAAAUCCUACUUUAUCUAACUCUAAAUCUAUAUUUUUUGUUAAAAAUGCAGGAGCAAUGUCUUUGAGCUCUCUCUCUCUCUCUCUCUCUCUCUCUCUCUCUCUCUCUCUCUCUCUCAAUAGCAAUGAUGCUAUUUGUUCUAUUGACCUUUUUCUUUCUGUAUGGGUGUACAAUUGUUGAUGUUUCGGCACAGCAGAAUAUUGCUGGAGUUUAAAUAAUUAAUUAAUUAAUUUAGUUAAUUGAUGCUCUUCUUUUAAACUACAGGUCCAUCCCAAGGAGCUGAAUAACCCUAUCAUCAACGCAGGGUUCCUGCUGCUCUUCAAGGAUCUGGUCAAGCUGUUUGCCUCCUACAAUGAUGGGGUCAUCAAUCUAUUAGGUGAGCUAGACAUUUCAUUGGGUGCAUCCCAAAUGCCACAGUUUUUCCUAUAUAGUGCACUACUUUUCACCAGAGCCCUAUGAGCACUAUGGGCCCUGGUCAAAAGUAUAAGGGAAUAGGGUGCCAUUUGAGACACACUCUUUGUCACCUAUUAAAAUAUAAAUUACUUCCUUUCACCAUGUAGCCAUUUAGCAGAUGCUCUUUUUCAUAACGACUGUCAAAUGUCUGUAGAGAAAUACUUUAAGAUGAAGAAGAGCGACUGCAAGGAGGCCUUGGAGAUCUAUAAGAGGUUCCUGACCAGGGUCACCAAGAUCGGAGAGUUUGUGAAGCUUGCUGAGGUAAAGGAAACUUCCUAACGGAUUAGGGCGUAUUCUAAGUAACUCCAAAUGAAACUAACAGAGUGCUUCCUCAUAAACAGUGUAUGUCUCUACUUCAAAUAGAAUGAUGCACUGAUAUGGUUGUGAAAUUGUCCCUUGUGUGUGUUUUGUUCCACAGACAGUGGGAGUGGACAAAAAUGAUAUUCCUGACAUCAACUAUGUAAGUCACUUGUUUUUGUUCUUUCUCUCUGGAAGGAUGAUGAAAUAGUUGUAACACACACACACACACACAGAGAUGUCUCAUCCAUCAUAAUCUCCCCCCGCGAUCCCAGUGUCUGCACCCUGGAGUGGUGACGGACCUAGUAGACUCGGACGACUCGGACUGUCCCUUUAAGCCUAUCGAGGACCCGGUAACCAUAGAGACACAGGGUGGCUUGGCAGAGUGCCUGUUUGGAGGAUGGGGUGUUGGCAUGGGAUCAUUCUACAGACUGACACUUCUGAGUGCAGUGUAUGUGUGCGUGUGUGUGUUUGCAUAUGUGUGUGUACUUCCAUGUGCACAAAAGAUUGUAGAGUUUAAGUAAAAUGUUCCUGAACACUUCAUUCUACAGGACAUUGAGUUUAUACAAAGGUGGGAUAGUGGGGUGAGUUAAAAACUAAGGAUCUGGAGUGGUGCUGCCAUAGAAAUAGAAUUGGAUGUUGCGUUAUUUUAAGUGUUGGCAUGCAGCGGAAUGAGGAACUCAGUGCCAUAAACCUGCAGUUUCUGUGUUUCUGAUUGGUUCGCUCUUCUUGGACCCGCAGGCUCCCAGCAGUAUCCUGGAGUCUCUGGAGACACACAUGAACAGCUUGGAGGGGAAGAAGGGGUAAGAGGACCCUGUCUCUAACCACCCCAUUUCUGAAAGAGCUAAAAUGCGGAAAUGUCUCCAUAGGUGUCUUUGCACAGAGAAAAUAGUACAUGAGAAAUGACAGGGUGAGAGAAACUAGAGGGAGACUCAUAACUUGGGCUCUAUACUGUCCCAGCACUAUAGUGUCCUGGAUACAGUUUUCCAUUAUUAUCUUUUACUUUAAUCGUUAUUCUCUCUUUGUUCCUUUCUGUUCAUCAUUGGGGAUCACAGUGAAGGGUGAGCAUAAACACUUUCUUUGGGGUUUGUCAGAUGAGUUUAUAGUAGUCAUGAAAAUAAGUAAUUUAAAUGUAUAUGAUUUCAGCUCUGAAAGGUGAUAUCUAGCUGUGAUGAAAUUGUCAUAUUAACUAUUCUCUUUCUCUUUCAGGUCUCCAACAAAGGUGAGUGGAAGAUUAAACAUUAUUUCCCCUUUGUAUAUCACCACCUUUCUGUUUCUGCUUGUAUGUCAACACAUGGAUACAAAUAGGGGUUUCCCUCUCUGUAUUCCAGGGGUCCCCUACCAAUAACGUGUCCCCUACCUCCACCCCCGCCAAAUCUGCAGCCGCCGUGCCCACCCUAGCGCCGCCACCUGAAGAAGCCACCGAGUGAGUGUCCCACUUCCUCUGUCUACCACAGCAUUUACCUCACCUCCUCAGCGAUUUCCUCAGUUCUUGCAUUUUAGGAUUCUAUCUGUUCCAUCCAUUUCAUAAAAUGGUGAAUAAGGGAGACUGUAUUUCCCCUUUCAUCCUCUCUCUCUGCCACCAUUUCUCCAUCUGUCUCCACCCUUCUACCUCACUCUAGUUCUCUCUUAGAUCUGGACCCUCUCUCCUCCUCUGGUCCGUCAGUAGGAGCAUCUGCAGCCCCUACGUCCUGGGGAGGUAAUAUCCCACAUCAAAACUUGAUACAUAGCUUAAUUCUUAAUUAAAAGUAGUCACAUUAUCUAAUUAAAAGUCUACAUGCAUUUUCCCCCAACACCUUCUCCCAUGCUCUUCUGGGGAUGCUGCCACAGACCUCCUUGGAUCAGGUGAGUGCUUUCCCACAGUGCCCCUGGCAUUAACCUCUCUAGUGUGUUAACAGAGUGGGUCAGUUCCUCUAGAUCUCCCACUGUGUUUCAUAGUGUUGCUCUAGUCUAAGGAAGUAGUCUCUUUCUCUCUCUCUCUGUUUCUCUCUUCUUUCUUUCCCUUCCCCUCAUUCCCUUAUUGGUUUUGGUUCAUACGGGGACUUUAUUCUGGGGUUGAUUUUGGGGAUUAUUUGGUUGCUUUGGUUCUAAUGGGAUGUUUUUGUCGGUUGUUUCUUUGAAAUUGGGUUGAUUUGAUGCCUUCAUUUGGUUCUAAUGGGAUUUUUUUGGUUGCUUUGGUUCCUAUGGGGUAUUUUGGGUUGAUUCAUGGGGUUGUUUUGGUACCUUGUUUUGGGAUUGGUUGGUACACCUUGUGGGUACCUGCAGAAAUGGGCGAGUCCAUGCUUCCUGACCCCACCCUCGCUGUAGAUCCUGCCCCCUCUCCCGCUGGUUGUAACAUCCACCCCUGCAGCUGCGGAGCCAGGAGUCUCUCUAGCUCCUCCCCCUAGUGCGGCCGCCGCCCCCACCCCCGGCGCGACGAAUAUGGAUCUGCUGGGAGGUCAGUGGGCUUCUGGAGGAUUCUCUACAACAGAAUCUCUGCUGGACAGCUCAACCCCAACCAACCCGCCACAUUCACACAGAACAUAUAGUGUUCUCUACAUGCACAUACACACAGUGACACAUACCCCAAAACAAACACCAUGUGGGCAGAACAUGUCAGUCAACACGAACGUACACAUACUGGUAUGCAUUCUGUACAUGUCAUGCACAUUGACACUGACACAGAUAUACACACAGAGACAAGCACGCUCACACUUGUAGACACACUCAGACAUGCUACUCCUACAUUUUUCACAUGCUUCUUUUUGUUUGAUAGUCUGAAAGCUUUUCCUCAACUUCAGAGAAAAGCCAAUCUAUCAAUCAGAGUCACGUUCUUUAUUACCGCCUAAGACCGGGAUUCCCAAACUCGGACCUGGGUUCCCCCCUGGGUGCAUGUUUUGGUUUUUGCCCUAGCAUUACACAGCUGAUUCAAAUAAUCUAAGCUUGAUGAUGAGUUGGUUAUUUGAAUCGGCUGUAUAGUGCUAGUGAAAAAAACCUAAGCGUGCACCCGGGGGGAGGGGGGGGGGGGGGGGGGGGCAGGACCGAGUUUGGGAAACCCGGGCCUAAGAGACAUCUUGCUUUGCUUCUGGGUUCACACUGUGCCAGACCUAGUUACCGCUUUAUAGUUUAGUUGUAGCUAAAGCCCACCAUCCAAAGACCUUGCCGUGCCUCCUUUCUGUAUUCUCAUUCACCCCUUCACCUGUCAAUCAUUCAUGCCACAAAGUAAAUGUUUUGUAACUAAUGUAAACUGAAUUUGUUACAGUAAUCAGAAGAUAGCUCAGUUAAAGAGUAUCUCUCUCUUUGUGCAAUAAAAUACCUUUUGAUAUUAAGUAUAUUCAUUGAAUAUAUUAAAUAUUGUAUACCUGAAAUGACAUAAUUAUUUCAUCUAACAGUAUAGUACCAUAUACAGUUGAAGUCGGAAGUUUACAUACACUUAGGUUGGAGUCAUUAAAACACGUUUUCCAACCACUCCACAAAUUUCUUGUUAACAAACUAUAGUUUUGGCAAGUCGGUUAGGACAUCUACUUUGUGCAUGACACAAGUAAUUUUUCCAACAAUCGUUUACAGACAGAUUAUUUCACUUAUAAUUCACUGUAUCACAAUUCCGGUGGGUCAGAAGUUUACAUACACUAAGUUGACUGUGCCUUUAAACAGCUGAAGCCAUGAUGUCAUGGCUUUAGAAGCUUCUGAUAGGCUAAUUGAUAUAAUUUGAGUCAAUUGGAGGUGUACCUGUGGAUGUAUUUCAAGGCCUACCUUCAAACUCAGUGCCCCUAUGCUUGACAUCAUGGGAAAAUCAAAAGAAAUCAGCCAAGAUCUCAGGAAAAAUAAUUGUAGACCUCCACAAGUCUGGUUCAUCCUUGGGAGCAAUUUCCAAACGCCUGAAGGUACCACGUUCAUCUGUACAAACAAUAGUACGCAAGUAUAAACACCAUGGGACCACGCAGCCAUCAUAUCGCUCAGGAAGGAGACAUGUUCUGUCUCCUAGAGAUGAACGUACUUUGGUGCGAAAAGUGCAAAUCAAUCCCAGAACAACAGCAAAGGACCUUGUGAAGAUGCUGGAGGAAACAGGUACAAAAGUAUCUAAAUCCACAGUAAAACUAGUCAUAUAUCGACAUAACCUGAAAGGCCGCUCAGCAAGGAAGAAGCCACUGCUCCAAAACCGCCAUAAAAAAAAGCCAGACUACGGUUUGGAACUGAGAGAUCGUACUUUUUGGAGAAAUGUCCUCUGGUCUGAUGAAACAAAAAUAGAACUGUUUGGCCAUAAUGACCAUUGUUAUGUUUGGAGGAAAAAGGGGGUUGCUUGCAAGCCAAAGAACACCAUCCCAACCGUGAAGAACGGGGGUGGCAGCAUCAUGCUGUGGGGGUGCUUUGCUGCAGGAGGAACUGUUGCACUUCACAAAAUAGAUCAGCAUCAUGAGGAAGGAAAGUUAUGUGGAUAAAUUGAAGCAACAUCUCAAGACAUCAGUCAGGAAGUUAAAGCUUGGUCGGGAAGUUAAAGCUUGGUCAUAAAUGAGUCUUCCAAAUGGACAAUGACCCCAAGCAUACUUCAUAAGUUGUGGCAAAAUGGCUUAAGGACAACAAAGUCAAGGUAUUGGAGUGGCCAUCACAAAGCCCUGACCUUAAUCCUAUAGAAAAUGUGUGGGCAGAACUGAAAAAGCGUGUGUGAGCAAGGAGGCCUACAAACCUGACUCAGUUACACCAGCUCUGUCAGGAGGAAUGGGCCAAAAUUCACCAAACUUAUUGUGGAAAGCUUGUGGAAGGCUACCCGAAACGUUUGACCCAAGUUAAACAAUUUAAAGGCAAUGCUACCAAACACUAAUUGAGUGUAUGUAAACUUCUGACCCACUGGGAAUGUGAUGAAAUAAAUAAAAGCUGAAAUAAAUCAUUCUCUGUACUAUUAUUCUGACAUUUCACAUUCUUAAAAUAAAGUGGUGAUCCUAACUGACAGGGAAUUUUUACUACGAUUAAAUGUCAGGAAUUGUGAAAAACUGAUUUUAAAUGUAUUUGGCUAAGGUGUAUGUAAACUUCCGACUUCAACUGUAUUAAAUACACGAAUAACGUAAAAGUAGUAUUUCUAAACUCUACAGGCACAGUCUAUCUUUUUUUUAGUGGCUUCUUGACCUUCCUUUUCUGAAGUUCCUUUACUGACUCAUUAUCUCUUUCUUGUCUGGCUUGUGUUUCUUUUCCCUGUUCUGUCUCUCCGUAUCUCUCUCUCUUUACCUCUUUCUCUGUGGUCUGUGUGUGUGUGUUGGGUAUCAGAUGCAUUUUCGACCCCUGUUCCCACCUCUGAUGCCUCUGCUGAUGGGCGGAGCUCCGACCUCCACGCCAACCCCAGCCGCUGACGCUGCAGCCGGUGGGUUACAGGACAUGUAUAUCUGUGACUGUGUGGCGUCUGUCUGUGUAAAUGGCUGUGUGUAUAUUUUUGUGGUUGUACGUACUGUAUGUGUGUGUGUGUUUGGCUGUGUUCCAGUGCUCAGGUGCAUCCAUAUGCUUUUGUAUAUGGAGAGUGUGUUUCCACAGUUGAUCCCAUUGUUUUGAGCGGGUGUAGCUAGGUUCCCUAGAGAUGUGAUGCUGCUGGCUGUUUCUAGGCAUGGCUGAUGUUGUUACCCAUGGAGAUUGGUGCUGAGGUUGCUAUGAGAACAGUAGUUGAGCACUACAUGCUAGAUUUCGCCUGGGGCUUUCUUUCCUUCUGUAAACUCUAUCCCAAAAUGCAUCUGCAAGCUCCUUGUUUACACUCUGUACAAUCUGGUGUGUUAUUGGUAUACUAGGGAGUAUAAUGAGAGAGGAUGAAUACUUAAUAAUAUGUUUUUUCCAAUAUUUUCCUGCUACCCCCUAUUUUCACAAAAUCAUGUUAUUUUCCUAUCAUUUUUCAUCAGACAUGCAUAUUUUCCAGAUUAUCUCUUGAUCAUAUACAGUACUUCCAUAGUUCUUUACAUUUACUUUUUGUUUCUAAAGAAUAUGGAGCUGUGCAUUCUUAACUGAGCUUGUAUCUUCUCUCUCAGAAUCUCAGCCAAAUGCAGCUACUCCUCUUCCCUAUUUAACAGAAUAUAGCUCUUGUCAUUUCACACUGUGUUAUGGUCGUUGUUGUAACAUCCUCAUCUCCCCUUGUCAUCCCUCCCCCAGUUCUCUCCUCCCAAAGACCCCUUUGCCCCCUCUGGUUGCAGCUCAGAUGCAGUAUAUCCAGGGCUGGACCUGUUUGCCGUGAUGCCUAUGGAGAACAAAUGCUUUAACUCAGUGGCGCCCCCCUCCUGCCCCCUCAUCCACCAUCACAGCACUAUACCCCCCACCACCCCAUCAAUAGACCUCUUCAGUGGUAAAUGUUUACACGUGGUGUGUGGUACUUUAUAACCUUUUCUUUUGUCCUCUUUCGUCCAUGUCCUCUACUCUGCAUCCGUGUCCUCUCCUCUCCUGCAUUUUUUCAGUCGACUGCAUUUUUCCUGGGUGUCUUUUGUCUUUGUGAGGCUAACUUGCACAUAUCGCUGUUCCUCUGCUUCCUUUCAGCUUGGAUGCAUUCUGCUUGCCUUUCUGCUCCUGCAUUGACUUUCAAUCACAAUUGUUCAUCUAAUUAAUCAGUGUUUGUGUUCUGCUGUUCUCAUCUUAAUGUGUUUGGUGUGUGUGUGGUGUGUCUGUGUGGGUGGGUGUUUUCUUGCCCUGUAGCUAUGUUUGAUUCCAUGCCAGAUACAAGCUUCACCAAAGCAGACCCUGCCCCCAGUGUUGACAUGUUUGGAGCAGGUAUCCAGACUCGCGCCAUCGUCACUGCUCUCCUCCUUGCUACUCUCCUCCCCUCUCCCACUUUCCCUUUGCCAUUUUUUCCCUCCUCUCCUCCAUUCCUCCAUUUCACAUCUCUCCAUCGGUUGUCUCUUUGUCCUUGAUCAGUGAGAAAAGGAAUUGUGAAUGAUUUCCUCUGGGUCUGCUGCAGGCUAUUCAGCAGGGCCUCAGUGCUCUCCUCUCUCUCUCUCCUCCUCUCUCUCCCUCUCUCUCUCUCUCUCGCUCUCUGCAUCCUCUCUCACUCUCUCUCUUCUGCUCUUCUCUGCUCAUCUUUUCGCAUCUCUCUCUCUCCCCUCUCUCUAUUUCUCUCUCUCUUUGUCUCCUAUUAUUCUUUCUCCUCUUUUGUCUCAAACCUUUGUUUAUUCUUUCUCAACCAUGUCUCUCAGGUUGAGUGCUGUUUUCUAUAUGUAAUUUGUGUGCAUUUGUGCAUUAUUAUCUUUCAGGGAUAGGAUUGUGUACCAAUCUACCUCCUCUACCCUCCCUUACAGGCAGAUGCCUUUCUCCUCCCGUGCCCCCCUCCUUCCUCCACCCGCCAACGGACAAGGGGGUGAUCAUGGACAUGUUUGGGGUG